AUGUGGUUUCAUUCUUUCUGUCUUUCUUUUUUAUUUCUCCUUUCUCAGCCAUUUCAUAUCUAUCUAUCUAUCUAUCUAUCUAUCUAUCUAUCUAUCUAUCUAUCUAUCUAUCUAUCUCAGUCUGGUUAUAUCUAUCUAUUUAUCUAUCUCAGUCUGUUCAUACCUAUCUAUCUCAAUGUGUCCACAUCUAUCUAUCUAUCUAUCUAUCUAUCUAUCUUUUUUCUUUCCUCCUGUCAUUGUCAUUUCAUAUCUUUCUUUCUUAGUCUUUUGAUAUAUGUCCUAUCAAUUUUCUCUCUGUGCACAUUUUGCUCUCACUCCAUCUCUCUCUCUCCCUCUCUCUCUCUCUCUCUAUAUAUAUAUAUAUAUAUAUAUAUAUAUAUAUAUAUCAAUCUUUCUUUCUUUCUUAUUUUCUUUCUUUCUGUUUGUAUGUCUGUUCAUGUCUCUGUCUGUCUGUCGCUCUCUCUCGCUGUCUACUGGUCUGUUCAUCUGUCUGUCCAGCUAGCAUUUUCUUUUUUUCUUUCUUUCUCUGUCAUUUUCUAUCUAUCUAUCUAUCUAUCUAUCUAUCUAUCUAUCUAUCUAUCUAUCUAUCUAAGUCUUUUCAUAAUUCACUAUAUCUAUCUAUUUCUUUCAUUUUAUCACUGUCAUUUAUCAUCUAUAGAUUGA